UACACAGCGUGAAGACUCCUUUCUGGCACGGUGCGUAAUGGCGUGGCUCCGUCACAGAGGCCCCAUGUUUUGCUGGAUGUUCUUGGAGCUGUCUCACCACUUCCUGCAAUGUAUUUUAUAUUUUCCAGCUGCGAGUCAAUCCUCCAUUUCUAUUAUUCAUCACAUCGCAGGAGAUCUUGGAGCAGAAUCUUAAAGUGAGACGAUACACGCGAUCCUGUACCCAUCAUCAGAAGCCUGCAGCGACAUCAUCAUUAUCGCCUGAUCUGUGCAACGUGUUUUUUUUGGCUGCCAUCAGCAUCGUCACUUGCCAGCGACAUCAACCAAACGUAUAUUUGACGUUAUCGGGGAGACCAUGAGCAGCAACUACAGCGUCACUCUUUUAGGCCCAGCCCCCUGGGGCUUCAGGCUGCAGGGAGGGAAGGACUUCAACAUGCCCCUCACCAUCUCCAGGCUGACGGAUGGCGGGAAGGCGGCUAAAGCCAGCAUUGCUGUCGGUGACUUGGUUUUGUCCAUUGACGGCAUCGCCACGGAGGGCAUGAACCACCUGGAGGCCCAGAACAAGAUCAAGAGCUGCGCUGACAACCUCAGCCUCACCCUGCAGAAAGCCUCCAGUGUUCCCAAACCUCCGCCUGUGGCUCCAAAGGACAACAGAUCAGACAUCAUAAAACCAGUGGCCCUCACCCACCCGCCUCCACCAUCCCACCCGCACCCUCACCCCUCCAGCCCCUACAGCAAAACCACUAGACCUUACGGGGGCUGCGGCACGAAGAGCGACUUCACUCCGCCACAGUCGCCCUUUGCUGCCUUCAUCCCGUCCCCAUCCUCCGCCUUCACUCCUGCAUCCUCUUACGCCAGUCCUCCAACUCCUCCUCUUCCUCCUCCCCCACCUCCUGUGUCUUACCCAUCCUCUGCCUCCUCCUCACCCCCUGUCCUCGUUCCGCCUCAGCCGUCGGUGUAUAACACACCCAUCAACCUGUAUUCCAAUGAGAACGCCUGCGAGGUGGCCAUGGGGCAGAGGCGGGGCCUGUUGGAGAGUCAGGGCGGAGCGUUACCGCUGCAGUUUAAUGGUGGACCUCAAAGUAUUUUGAAAAAACCUCAGGCCCCAAGAGUCCCCAGGAAACAUGUUGUGGACACAGACAUCCAUUUUUACCACGUGCCCACGCACGCCGAUGCCAGCAGGAAGCGCAUAACGGAGGACACCGAGGACUGGCGCCCGCGCUCCGGCACCACCCAGUCCAGAUCCUUCAAGAUUCUGGCUCAGAUCACUGGCACAGAGCACGCUCUAGAUGAGGAAGCGGAUAAAGCAAAGAAGACAAAUGAGGACGGUGGUGAGCCUCAACUCAACAGCCACGAGUCUGCAGUCGUCAAAACCAUGAUUAAAGGACCUGCUGCAAGCCACGGUGAACGCCCACGUACCGGUUUGAUCCUUCCAUCUUUCGGUAUGAAGGGUAACGGCAGUGCCAGUGUCCCGAGGGUUCCUGUCCCAGCCCGACCUGUACCUCAGCCACAUCCUAAAGAUGAAGACACCCUGGUCCAGAUGGCUGAGCACAUUCCUGCAGGGACUCGUACGCCCAUGUGUGCGCACUGCAACCAGGUCAUCAGAGGACCCUUUUUAGUAGCAUUGGGUAAAUCGUGGCACAAGGAGGAGUUUAACUGCGCCCACUGCCGCACAUCCCUGGCAGACAUAGGCUUCGUGGAGGAGCAGGGAUGUGUCUACUGUGAACACUGCUAUGAAGACUUCUUCGCUCCAACAUGUAGCCGCUGCCAGGCCAAGAUACUGGGGGAGGUGAUCAAUGCCCUCAAACAGUCGUGGCACGUGUACUGCUUUCAGUGCGCUGGCUGUCAGCAGCCAAUCAGAAACAACACCUUCCAUCUGGAGGAUGGAGAGCCAUACUGUGAACAAGAUUUCUACAGUUUGUUUGGGACUGGAUGCCAUGGCUGUGAGUUCCCCAUCGAGGCUGGAGACAAGUUCCUGGAUGCCCUCGGUUACACCUGGCAUGACACCUGCUUUGUUUGUGCUGUGUGCUGCACCACACUGGAAGGCCAGACCUUCUUCUCCAAGAAAGACAAACCUCUUUGCAAGAAACAUGCUCACACAUUCAAGAUUUAAAUCUCGGACUCUUCUCACACAUUUUUGGCUGUGGAACAUUUGAUAGGUUGAGAGGAUCUUUGACUAUAUAGAUUAGUUUCAUGCACAGUGGUGUCUCCUGGUGAGCUAAUUCAGCCAAAUGCAGGCACUGUAAAGAAAACAUGAUUUACAUUUGCUUUCAUUAUCCCUUUGAGAUGCAGCAAUAAGGCUCACAGCUCAUAAUGACCAUUCUCAGUUUCAUCCAAUUUUCAGUGGAAAUACUUCCAGACUCAUUUUCAUCUGGAAUUAAGAUUCUGUGAUACCCAGAGUUUAAUCUUGACUUUUAUAGAGGCAUGACAGUGGUGACGUCAUCACAUUUUCUGUUUUAAUAUGUUAAGUGACAUGUCACUCAUUGUCGUUAGCCAGUACCAGAGAUAUGUUAAAUUAUAUAUUCAUACCCGUAUUAUAUGGAAACAAUGAGAGCAAAGUAUAUCAAACAACUUUAUUCAAAGCAGGCUUUUAUGUGGCUGUAAUCAAAUAACAGUCUGAGCAGCAGCUAUAAAUAAGUGUUUUUAUAUAGUUUGGGCUGAAUGAUGAUUAAAGCUGUAGCCUUUGAUAAAUGCUUAUAAUUAUUUAAACUUCUUUAUUUUUAAAUGAAUUCUAUUUCAACUUCUUUUUUUAAAUGAAUGAAAUGAAGUCAUUUUUAUUAUCAAUUUGUUGUGUGAAACUGGUAACACUGGCAAAACUAUCACCUGUUUCAAAACAAAACAUUAACUUUUAGUAAUAUAUGGGUCUGUGAGGCACUUAAGAAAGACAAAGAGGAAUGAAAAUUGGUCUUGAUUUUAUUGAGGACAUGAAUCUAAAUAAAAAGUAUACAUACAAAACAACAAAAUAUAAAGCCCAUAUUUGUAUAUUUAUGUAUCUCUCCUCACUAUGUGGACUGACCGAACUGCAUAGCAGAGGCAGCAAUGUGUUUUCUAUUCUGAGUGCCAAAUAAUUUCAUGAGUUUUAUAAUUUACCUUGUAUUAUUUUGUAUAUUAAUUUUCCAAAUUGCAUUCAUUUUUGGUUGAUCUGGUCGUCUAUGUGCCUCACAAAAGAAAUAAGCUCUCUGUGUCCUGCAGGAGAAUAGGUUGUCAAACAUGGAUAUUAUGAACUAUGUAUAUUUUAUUUUGUUUAUAGAUGUCUUAUCAGACAGUAUGUAUUUAACUGGGUGAAGGGCAUGGAUGCUGGUGAAGGGAAUCGAUGCCAAUUAGUUUCUUCAGUUUUUAAAAAAUUCUCACUUGAUUGUCACCUAACCAUCCCAAUGUACUGAUUUGACGAUAUUUAAUUUUCAUUCUGACUGAGGGGUAAAUACUGUACAGUAUUUUUGUUUUGUUUUCCACACAGCAGAGCAAAUUGUGACAAAACUCUGUUAUCUUAAUUUCACAUAAUUAUCAUUUAAAAAACUGUCCGGAGGAACAAUAUACAGUGUUGACUAACUGUGGCUUAUAAGAAAGAAUAAAAGUUCAGUCUGACCUGUUCAAUCCGA